UCUUGCAGCUCCAAUACUGCGUUCGCGUUUUGUUUUAUUCGUUUUAUUUUGUUUGCCAGUGCACAGAUAUGUCGACAUUAAAUCGCCCCAAAUCCCCGCACACGCCCACGGCCAUUAAGAAGGGCGAAAAGGAAGAUAGCUUCUGGGACAAAUUCAGUACACUUGGCCGCAAACGCGGCACUCGUGAAGUUAAGAAAAUCCAAGAAGAAGGCAAAUAUGCAAUCGACUCGCCCGGCUCACCCAAUCAGUUUGACAUCCCGCCCGAGGAUUACGCGCUGCGUGAGCAUGAACAACGCGCCGUUAUUGAUCCGCAAUCGAACAACGAUCCGGAGAUGUUGAAGCUGCAAAAGAUUCUCAUCGAUUGGAUCAACGAUGAGCUUGCCGAGCAGCGCAUCAUUGUCCAGCAGCUGGAAGAGGACAUGUACGAUGGCCAGGUGCUGCACAAGCUCUGGGAGAAGUUGACCGGCAAAAAGCUGGACGUGCCCGAGGUGACACAGUCCGAGCAGGGUCAGCACGAGAAACUCAGCAUUGUGCUGAAAGCGGUCAACCAUACACUUGGCUUCCAUCAGAAGAUACCCAAAUGGUCGGUGGCCAGCGUCCACUCGAAGAACAUUGUGGCCAUAUUGCAUUUAUUGGUCGCUCUGGUGCGUCAUUUUCGGGCGCCAGUGCGUCUGCCGGAGAAUGUCUUUGUCACGGUGGUCAUUGCCGAGAAGAAUGCGGGCGUCCUGAAUGCACAAAAAUUCCAGGAGCAAAUCACGUCCGAGUACGAUGAUCUGGGCAUGCGUUGCGAGAAGGAUGCCUUCGAUACGCUAAUUGAUUGUGCGCCCGACAAGCUGGCCGUGGUUAAGAAGUCCCUGAUCACGUUCGUCAACAAGCACUUGGCCAAACUGAACUUUGAGAUCAACGAUCUGAACACAGAUUUCCGGGAUGGGGUCUAUCUGUGCCUGCUGAUGGGACUGCUGGGCGGCUUCUUUGUGCCGCUGCAUGAGUUCCAUUUGACGCCGCAGGAUGUCGAUCAGAUGGUCAACAAUGUGGCGUUCGCCUUCGACCUGAUGCAGGAUGUCGGCCUGCCCAAGCCAAAGGCACGCCCCGAAGACAUCGUUAACAUGGAUCUGAAGUCCACGCUGCGUGUUCUCUACAGCCUGUUCACCAUGUUCCGAGAAUAUGCCUGAGCUAAAUGUCAUUUCUCUAUGUCUAAUCAAUUAUUUUUCUAUUUUUUUAGUUUUUUUUUUUUUCGUUAUAAAUUAAUAAUUUAUGCAUGCUUAAAUCGUAAAUCGGAAAUGAAAUUGAAUUCGAAAAUGUCCUAACUGUAUUCAAGUGUUCUAACUGUUUAUAUAUAUGUAUUAUAUAUGCAUGUGUGUGCGUGUGUGUGCAUCUAAUCCCGUUGUAAGCUGUUGGCCGCGGCAACGAAAAGCUAACCCGCCCGAUUGUUAAGUUGCUUUAGUUGUUACUAAAUGAAUUUAUAUACAU